AUGUGCAAGAAGGCUACGUGUUCCGCCUGCUCCGGCGUGACAUGGUUCGGAUGCGGCAUGCACAUCCCGAUGGUCAUGAACGGCGUCCCUGAAGACAAGUGGUGCACUUGCCCCAAGCCCGCCGACAGCCCAUACCCGCCCAAGGGCUCCAUGCCAGCAUGUACGAUCCUCUGA